CAGCUUUACAUGCGAAUCACAAAAAUAAUGAGUUACAGCGAUAACAAUGGCGAUUGGCUUCUUCCUGUUUACACUCAGUCCCCUCCUCCAGUAGUCAACAAUUAUAACCAAAACUUGCCCAGUUGUGCGUUUUAUAUUUCUGCAGAAAAGAAUAAAAGCCGGUUUGGGCUUGGUUUUACAUAAGCCCUCUUUCCUGGGUUUCUUCCUUUUCUAGUUUCAUGCCAAUUUCCUUUCCUUCCUUCCAUUGACUAUUCUUCAAACCAGUUUCUUGUUCCUCCUUCCUCAGCUCCGCUUGGAGAAUUUCAGACCCACAUAGCGAGGUUGAUCCUCUCUCUCCCUCUAUGAGUUAUCAGUUAUGGUUUCGUUGCAGACGAUUUGGGCUUUUCACUUCUCUGUUUCUCCAAUUUGGGUUCGAGAAAGUUAUCGUCUCGAGACCUUCAAUUGGGUGACGGUGCCUUUUGGAGUAUCAGUUUUGUUGCUGCCUGGAUUUCUUUCUUGAUUCGGUGAAGUGGGUUUUGAAGAAUUUCACCUUGACUCUAUAGGUGGUUUCUCUAUUACUGGGAAUAUUUUUCACACUUUGUACCCUAAAUUCUACUUUUCCAUUCAGAGUUUUGGUUAUUUCGUUAUUCUGCCUCCUGGGUUUCGCUCCUUUGUUAAUUUGGUGAACGGGGGGUACGGAUGAUUUUGGUUGAAUUUUAUUAAGCUAAUCGUUUCCGUGUUUAUACAGAAAUUUCUUUGGCCUUUUUCUGGUUCGUUCUGUUUGGGGCUAUUCGAAUAGAUACGGAGAUGGUUCUGCUUUCUUUCAGAGCUCAAAAAUGAUGUAUGGGUGCUUUGGUCCUUUGAGAUUGUUUACAGUUAUACUGAGCAUAUUGGUGUUAGUACAGUUUCCCGGUAUCUAUGUCUCCGGAAUAGAGGUUUGGUCAAAGGUUUGUGGAGCUGAUGAGUUCACCUAUACGAGAUCUUUAGACGAUGAGUUGUUUUACAUAAACGGGAACAAAGUAGACAAAGUUUCUUUCUGCAAACCCUUUGAAUUCUACUAUAGAAAUGGAUGCUUUUUGGAUUUGGGACUGGAAGAAUGGGGAAGACUUGGAAGGAACUACUGUAGUUUGGAGAUCUACUCAGUGCAGUGGCCUCAAAUGGGAGGGAGAAGGUCUCUGCGAGGAACUGAUCAAUCUACCCUCCGCAUCCUUAGUCAGAGAAGUCACCAAAUAGAAAAGAACCAUGUUCCCAGUUCUUGGGUGGCCCCAAAGAACAUUACCAUGGUUGCAUCUGGAUUCUUGCUUCUAUAUUGCAGUUUCCUCUGUGGUCGCUCUCGCUCAAAAAGCAAAGAAAGCACCGAUGCUGUCACUGUAAAGGAACCGAAUUCAAUCGAUUCAGGUUCUUCCAUAGCAUUUAGUUCUGCGCCUGCCUCAAGUCCACUUCGAGUGCCACCUAGUCCUCGUAUUGGGAUGCACCCACCAUUGGAUAGAAUAGGAUCAGUGCAUCUCAAUAUGAGUCAGGUUGUCAGAGCCACUCAGAAUUUCUCCUCAGCAAUGAAGAUAGGUGAAGGAGGCUUUGGGGCUGUCUAUAAAGCCGAGUUGCAGGAUGGUCAGGUUGUUGCUGUUAAACGAGCAAAGAAGGAACACUUUGGGAAUUUACAAACUGAAUUCAGCAGUGAAGUUGAACUACUGGCUAAAAUUGAACACCGAAAUCUCGUGAGAUUACUUGGUUAUGUUGAUAAAGGAAAUGAACGCAUUAUUAUUACUGAGUAUGUUCCAAAUGGUUCUCUUAGGGAGCAUCUAGAUGGUAAGCGUGGAAAAAUCUUGGACUUUAAUCAGCGGCUGGAAAUUUCCAUUGAUGUUGCUCAUGCCCUCACUUACCUCCAUCAAUAUGCAGAGAAGCAAAUAAUUCACCGGGACGUGAAAUCAUCCAACAUUUUACUGACAGAGAGCUACAGAGCCAAGGUGGCUGAUUUUGGGUUUGCACGACUUGGUCCAAUGGAGACUGACCAGACACAUAUAUCAACCAAAGUGAAGGGGACUGCGGGUUACCUUGACCCAGAAUACCUCAGAACCUAUCAACUCACUCCCAAGAGUGAUGUGUUUUCAUUUGGAAUUUUGCUUGUAGAAAUUCUUACUGGCCGUCGACCAGUGGAGAUGAAAAGACCUGCUGAUGAAAGGGUCACAGUCAGAUGGGCUUUCACGAAGUAUAAUGAAGGAAAUGUGGUUGAGCUUGCAGAUCCUUUAAUGAGUGAAAUGGUGCCUGUAGAGAUAUUAAUGAAAAUGUUCAGUUUGGCAUUCCAGUGUGCUGCACCUACACGGUCUGAUCGGCCAGGUAUGAAAGAAGCGGGAGAGCAACUGUGGGGAAUAAGAGUGGAGUAUCUUAAGUGUGUCAAACGAGUGUAGUAAGUGCAAAUUUGGAUUUUUUUUUCUACUUAAAACUCAGCUUGUAGUUUAACUACCUGUGGACAGAAUCUGGUUUUGAAGAAUGGUCAAAUUUUCUCUUCAUUAUUCUUUUUUAAA